UCGUCGCCGACGGUGCGUGCGCGUGCGCGCGCGCUUCGUCGCCGCUCGUGUUUUGCGUCCGUGUGCGUGCUCGUCCGCGCGCCUGUGUGUGUGAGUGUGCGAUCGCCGUCGAUUACGCACGGUCUCUUCUGGCUCGACGCGCGCACGCACGCCACGGCCGACGUCGACAUUGAUUGCUCGCUGACCGACCGUGUUUCCACUGCCGUUCUCGUCCGGCCCGUUAUGGUGGUCGUCUCCGCGCCGCCGACCUCGCGUCCACUACGGCAACAGCAGUGCGUGUAGCCCGUCGCCCGUCGCCAACGGUUGUUCCCUAUCGUCUCAACACCGACCCGAACGGUGAGGAGAGCACCUACCUCGUCCUCGCGCAUAUUCCAGCCACGAAAGAUUAUGUCUUGUGAAUCCAUACAUUUAUAUUUUGACCAACUGGACUAUUAAAAACUUCUUGAAAAUAUUGCUUAUAGCUAUUUUCAAGUCUAUACAGUUAUGUUGGAAGCUAGAUUGUUAGCUGCCGAUCGCGAAUCAGCUACGUGGCAAGGCAAGUCAGCAGUAAACAACAUACGUCCUCCUCCUCAUACACCUCAUCAUCAUCAUAUGUCCGCCAUGAGACCAGUGAAUAAAACAAAUCAAGAAGAUAACUGUUAUGUAGUGGCUAAAUAUGAUUAUGUGGCUCAAAGUGCCCAAGAAUUAGAUUUAAGAAAAAAUGAUCGUUACUUAUUAUUAGACGAUUCUAAACACUGGUGGAGAGUUCAAAAUGCCUGUGGAUUCCCUGGUUAUGUACCCAGCAACUAUGUGAAAAAAGAAAAACCUUCUCUUUUUGACAGUAUAAAGAAAAAAGUCAAAAAGAGUGGCAGUAAUUCCAGUGCUGGUAGUAAAACAUUACCAUGUAGUAGUCAUGGCAAUGGUCGAACCGUGAGUGAAUCUCCAACAAUGGCCAGACGCUUACCAGCUGAUCCAUCAGAAGCCAUAGGUACAGCCCUAGUUAAGUAUAACUAUCAAGCUCAACAACCAGACGAAUUAUCAUUAAUCAAAGGAACAAGAAUAUUAAUUCUUGAGAAAAGCAAUGAUGGAUGGUGGAGAGGUCAAAGUGGUUGUAUGGCUGGUUGGUUUCCAAGUAACUAUACCACUCAAGAAGAUGACAAUAAUGGAGAUGAUAUGGGUCUCCACACAUAUGCAAUGGCUGAGAAUGUAUUAGAUAUUGUUGUUGCUUUAUAUCCAUUCACUGGUACAUCAGAUCAGGAAUUAAGUUUUGAAAAAGGUGACAGGUUAGAAAUUUUGGAAAGACCUGCUGCAGAUCCAGAAUGGUAUAGGGCCAGGAAUGGUCAAGGUCAAAUUGGUUUAGUACCCAAGAAUUAUUUACAGGAACUCAGUGAAUACUUGGCUCAACCAUUAACUCAAGCAGCUAAUAGUGUACAAGUUAUUGACAAACCGCAUUUAAAGGGGAAACCGUGGUACUAUGGAACAAUAACUAGAGCUCAAUGUGAUACAGUAUUAAACAACAAUGGUCAAGAUGGUGAUUUCUUAGUUAGAGACAGCGAGACUAAUGUAGGAGAUUAUUCAGUAUCAUUGAAAGCACCAGGACGAAACAAACAUUUUCGAGUGCAUGUAGAAGGAGCAUUAUACUGCAUAGGACAACGCAAGUUUCACACACUGGAUCAACUUGUUGAUCAUUAUCAAAGAGCUCCCAUUUAUACCAAUAAACAAGGAGAAAAAUUGUUUUUGGUUAGAGCUUUGCCUCGAGCAAAUGCUUAAAAGCAUCGAACAAUGAACACUAUACAAUGAAAUUUUGUGAUUCGCACAAAAGAAAACUUCAUAUAUAUACAUAUAUUCAAUAAUAAGUUAAUGGAAUAUCUUAAAUGUAUUGAAUAACAUAAUUAGAAUCAUUCAAUAGGCUAGUCAUUUAAUAAGCUUUCCAAUUUUGUUUUUAUUUUUUUAAAUGUUGCUCUUAUUUUUCUUUUUUCGUUAAGGUUUUUCUUUUCUUU